AUGUUAAAAGGGACACAUCUCUUUGUAUUUGUACUUAUAUUCGUAGGUGUUAGUUCGGAUAUAAACUAUGGAUCAUUCAAUUUAACGGUGACAGGCGUCGAUAUAUGCAAGGGCCCGAAACAUAAAGACUGUUCUUCUAUGACGGUGCAACUUACUGAACAUAAUUUACUGAAGUAUGAUAUAAAUGUAACACAAACCCUCCUGAUUACUAAAGGAAAAAUAAUGGCAAUACAAGCAGGAAGAGAACACUUAAGACUACAUAUGAAGAAACCAUGUGAACAUCUAUUUUUGAGACCAAUAUUUCAGACUUUUUUCAAUGUAACAAAAGACUGUGCUGUAUUAAAAGGUCGUUACCAAUACAACGUGGAUGUGCAAAAAAUCACCCAGUCGUAUUAUGGUGGAAAUUUCUUACUGGGUAACUUCAUAUUUAAAUCUAUGUUUUACAGUGACGAUUGUAAUUUUUACUGUGCUGGGGUUAAAGUUACUUUGUUUUGA